AGAUUUUCCGUGCGACGGGGUUCAGCCGCUUGAAACCAGCGGGCGCUCCACUGCUGUACUGUGCGUGAGCCUCCAUUUCCAAAGCAGCGCGCGCAGAGAGAGAAAGAGAGAGAGAGAAGAGAGAGAGGCAGGGAGAAAAUAAAGAAAGAAAAACACUUCUGGAAAUUCAGAAUCAUGUUACCGAAGCUCCGCGAACGAGGAAACUGAGGACAUUUUUUUUUAUUUAAUCUCAUCUGUGUUGCUGCACGCGCGGAGGCAGACACGUGUCUUCGGGGUAAACAGAAAGGGCUCGAGAUCGUCUCAUCGCUACUUCCCUUCCUCCCUUUUCCCUCCCUUUUUGUUGGUUUUUAAACAACAAACACCGAGCUUGGCGACCAGCUCGUCUCCAUUCGUGCGCCUUGGUGAUAAAGACGCAUUUGGAGAUGUCGGAAGUGUUGCCUUUCAACGAGGAAAAAAUGAGUCAUUAUGGAAACGAGGGCGACGAGGGACAUCUUUCCUUCACCUGUCGUCUUCAAGACACCAACAACUUCUUCAACGGCUCACAGAACAAACGCCCGCCGAAACUCGGACAGAUCGGCAGGAGCAAACGGGUUGUGAUUGACGAUGAGAAUGGCGAUGAUGAAGCACUGAAAAAUGGAACAGAGAAGACUUCAGCAGAGGCUUAGAGCGAGCGGCUCGCCGCCCCCUCUGAAAAGACACUGUCAAAAAAUUUUUUUGUUUUGUUGUUUUUUAAUGGCGAUAUUUACCAGUUUUAAUCCAAAGACACUGUAUAUAAGCACUUUCUCUCAUGUGGCAGCAAGCAGCACCUCCACACCCUCCUCCUCUCCAAGUCAGUCAUAGCCAUCCAGGUGACACGCACUGGCAGUGACGGGAGACGGCAGCGAAAGAGACCCCCAAAGGUGGACACUCCCCACCCACCGAAUACACACCUACGUAAACAUGCACACAGACACGAUCACAAAGAUUUUGCCAUAAAUCCUAAAGUUGGGGGUGGGGUGGAGAGGAAGGAUGUGAUGCUGUCGAAUCGCAGAAAUCAGGGACAGGAUGCAGAAAUCUUACUGAAAACGUAAAGCACACGCUCGUCCUGUAAUCUUCUCAAACAUCAUUCUUUCUUGCUCUUCAUUUUGAUUGAAGGCGAACCGAAUUUGUAAAUACGGGAACAGUAGCCCUUAUUUUCUUGCACAAAGUGGGAAGCAGUAAACAGGUUUGUAUUCUGUAUUGAUGACUAUUUAUUGAUCCUUUGGAAUAUGUCUUUUACAGCGAUUUAAGACGAGAGGGUAGUGUUUUUGUACGCAGGGAAAACUUUGAGCAAAUGAGCGGU